UUCCCCCCCUGUUUAUCUCCACAGCACUUCACAGAGUUCCUGGAUGAGUUUUCACCUGACGUCCUAGGCCAGCUCUUGAAUGAUCCCUUCUUGUCUGAGAAGAAUGAAAUAAUGGAGGUGGAACUGUCUCCGGCGUCCCCAGCGCCCCUCAUCCAGGCAGAACACAGCUACUCCCUCUGUGGGGACUCUCGACCCCAGUCUCCCUUGACCCACAUCUCAACUGAUGACAACUUCAAUGAAGGUGACCUGGAAAAUGCGGAAUGGUGUCUGGGUACAGAGCUGACUCCAGCAGCAAUAAAGACUGAGCCAGCAUUGUGUGAGACGUCAGGCCUUGCUCCCUCAGUCAGUCUCACUGUCACGGCCGUGUCGCUGGAGGGGGAACAACCUGAGCUACAGACGGAUGCCCUGAUGAAACCACUGAGCCAGAAAGUUCUUCCAGAGAUUAAGUUGGAGCCCCAUGAAGUGGAUCAGUUCCUGAACCUCUCUUCUAAGGAAGCAGUGGAUCCCCUACAUUUGCCUCCAACCCCUCCCAGCAGCCAUGGCAGUGACUCUGAAGGAGGGCAGAGCCCAGCUAGAUCGCUCCCUCCUUCAAGUCCAAUCCAACUACAAACCACAGCUAAAGUGACAUCGCGCACAGCUUCAGCGCUCUCCAAUUCCCCUCUCUUGACUGCACCACAUAAAUUACAGGGGACUGGCCCACUCAUCCUGACAGAGGAGGAGAAGAGGACGCUGAUAGCAGAGGGGUACCCAAUCCCUACCAAACUGCCCCUGACAAAAGCAGAGGAGAAAGUGCUGAAGAAAAUCCGCAGGAAAAUAAAGAACAAGAUUUCUGCCCAGGAAAGUAGAAGAAAAAAGAAAGAAUACAUGGACAGUCUGGAAAAAAAAGUUGAGACCUGUUCAAAUGAAAAUAGUGAGCUGCGUAAGAAGGUUGAAGUCCUGGAGAAUACUAACAGAACACUUCUGCAGCAGUUGCAGAGACUCCAAGCCAUGGUUGCUGGGAAAGUGUCCCGUUCGUGUAAGGCAGCUAGCACACAGACAGGGACCUGUCUUAUGAUGGUGGUGCUGUGCUUUGCAGUAGUUUUUGGCAGCUUCUCUCAGAGCUAUGGGCCAUAUCCUUCUGCUACAAAGAUGGUGUUGCCCAGGCAGCAUUCCUCACCAGAGUCCUACACAGAUUCCAUUGUGAGGUCAAGGAGUCUGCUAAUUUAUGAAGAGCCUCACCAACUGGAGGAGUCGUCAAGCCCGAUCUCCUUUGCAGAUCACAAUGACAGGCAAGCAGACACCUCCAAGUACACAGCGCUGUCACUGGAAGCCAUGCCAGGGACACAGCAGGAUGAUAUCAUGCAGUUCACAAUAGCCAACGAGACGAGGCUAGAGAAAUCGGUGCUGCUGGGCCUGCAGCAGCACAGAGUCAACUCCGAACUAGAAGGAAAUGAAACACUGAAGAUAAUUGAAAUAGAUAGAAGAGUCAAUGCCACCUCUUAAAAA